GGCCAUCCCAGGCAUACACACUCGUCACUCUGACACGCUCUCAGAGACACGACAACUUUAGGCCAGCUUUCGACCACAACAAGCGGACAGCCACCGUCAACAUGCCUGUCGAGAAAGUCGUCGGAAACUCUACCCCUUACCAGGGUCGCAAGUCGUCCAAGCCUCUGAUGGAGAAACGUCGCCGCGCCAGAAUCAACAACAGUCUGAACGAGCUGAAGAACCUCAUCCUGGGGACCGUCAAGGAUGACAUCAACGCGCCUCACCACUCCAAGCUUGAGAAGGCCGACAUCCUGGAGAUCGCCGUGAAGCACGUCCGCAGCCUACAGAGGCAGCAGAUGGCCGCCGCCGCCUCCGCCGACCCCGCGGCGCUGGGCAGGUACCGGGCGGGCUACAGCCGCUGCCGGGCCGAGGUGGCCCGCUUCAUGGGCACGGUGGACGGCGUGGAGCCGCAGGUCAGGCAGAAGCUGCUCAACCACUUGGAGAGGGUAGACCCCGCUGUACACACCAGCCAGCACGGUCAGCCCAUCCGGCUACAGGCCCCCGAAACCACCGGCUACCUCCCCGGGCACCAGGCGUCCCCCCUCCCGACCGUACCAGCGACGGUGUACGGUGGCGUACCACACGGCGCUGCUGCUGUGCUCCUUCCCGGCCAGGCACCCACCCAGCACCUGGUUCCCCUGUACGUCAACAACGUUCACGUCAACAUCCCCGCCGAGCACUCGCCCGUACACGGACUUACGCCCUCACCCGUAUACGGACUGAACACCGUCGAGAACAGCGUCAGCCAGACCGUACCGACACAGCAGUUCGCCUCGGCGCACACAGCCCUCAGCCCCGCUCACAUCAAGUCCGCGUCUCCCGUCAACGAGUCGGAAAAGAUGUGGAGACCGUGGUGAACUCUGUGAGACUCUGCUUGUAGCAUAACUUGUAUAUACUGUAAUGAUCGCUCUAUAUUUGAUACAAGAAACAUGUUUGUAUGUUUGUCGUUCUAAGCUGCUGCCUUUGUGCACUCUAUCCUUGUGAAUGGUGACUGCUUUUUCACAUUAAAAAGGAUAAAAACUUACAACUUGUCU